AUGAAGUCGCUGCACGCCAAGAUGACCCGACUUGCGAUUGUCCAGGAGGCGAAGGACUUCCACAUUGUGGAAGAGCAGGAGCAGGCCACCACCGAGGCCGCUGGGACUGUGCUCGACAACUUCAAGGCCAGCGUGUCCUACCUCUACCAGAACACCGACCUCUUCGGUUCCGCAAAGGACAUCACCGUCCCACCCAUCAGCCAAAUGCAGUCGGUUGUGCAGCGGAGGGCCGGAUCCCUGCCCAAGGUCUACCAGCAGGAGUACGCCCAGCCGCUGCUGAACAACUUCGACCAGUUCCUGAGCGAGAUCGACUCGGACCCGACGUUCACGGAGACCAUCUGCGCGGCGGUCUACCAGCACUCGUCGGACUUCGUCGCCGCGCGGGGCUACCUCAACCGGUUCCAGGCCGUGUGCGCCACCCUCUACGAUGACUUCCUCAACAACGAGGUCCGCAAGAAGCUCAACCUGCCUCUCAUCGAGAAGUUCCCGCCCCUCGCCAUGUUCCAGAAGAGUCUGACUCGCGAGGUGGUCCUGAAAAAACAGAGCGGUGACGGCGGACCGUUCACGAUCACAUCCGACUCGGUGCAACAGUUGUUCGGAGGCACGAUCGGUGUGGUGUCGCUCCCCGGCACCUACAGGCAGCACCCGCUGCUGUGGUCCUCCCUCGCCCACGAGGUCGGCGGCCAUGACGUCCUCCACGCCGAUCCCGGUCUGCUGACCGAGCUCGGUCAGGCCGUGAAGAGCUCCAUCCGCAACUCCGACCCCUCGCUCGGCACCCUGUGGCAGUACUGGAUCGACGAGACGGCCUCGGACGUGUACGGUCUGUUGCACUACGGACCCGAGUUCGAGCUCAACCUGGCCAUCUUCUUCGCGGCCAUCAACCUCCAGAUCAACGGACCGUCGGCCGACUGGCUCCGUUUCACUUCCUACUCUGGCUCCGACGGCCAGCUGGACCCGCACCCGACCGACAUCCUGCGCCUGUCGGUGGGCAAGGGCGCGCUCAACGCGCUCACCAACCUGUCUGCAUCGAGCAAGGCAGGCUACAGCGAGAUCAUCGACGAGAUCAUCAACUUCGUCGUGUCCCAGAACGGCGGCCACACCACCAUCACCCUGCAGGGCUUCGGCAAGCAGACCUACGACCUCAAGCUCAUGCAGUCGAUCGCCGAGCAGGUGGGCGCCGUGAUCGUCACCACCAAGCUGCGCGCCCUCAAUGGCCGAAGCAUCCAGGACAUCACCACCUGGUCCCAGGACGACGAGAAGACCGCCCAGACCCUCGUCCCCAUCCUCCUCAACCCCAACCCUGACCUGUCCAACCUGCCGCCGGAGGCCACUGCCCAGCACGUGCUGUCGGCCGCGUCGCUCGCGGUGCUGACCAACCCGUCGGGCGCCGCCUACGCGACGAUGACCAAGAAUGUGAACCGGCUGCUCGAUGCGGCCUUCAACGCCGACCCGCUGUGGAACCCCAAGAAGAAGGUGGCCGUCCGCCACCUCUACAUCGGCGAGUCGGGUCCCGGAAUCGGGGCGCCGUCUGCCCGGGCGGCUGUUGCGUCGUCCAAGACGAAGAAGGAGCCCAUCCGCCCCUUCUGGCUUUAA